AUGCAGGUGUUCACCACCAAGAUGGAGUCGAGAAGAACUGUCAUGCUUCCGGACAUGUUUAAAGGUUUCGUGGUCGAGACUCCGCCCAUGAAUCCCAACUAUGAAACAGUCAAGCCCAUAUCCGAGAGGUGGCUUUCAGAGAAAUGUUUCUUCUCGCCUCGAAUGAAGAAGAGGGUCGAGUUCUGCGACUUUGCCAUCUUUAUAUCUAUCGCUGCUCCUGAUGCUCCAUUCGAGAAGCUCAAAACGAUGUGCGAUUGGGGGAACUGGGUAUUUCCUUUCGAUGAUAUGUUUGAUGAAGGAUCAUUGAAGUCUGAUCCGAAAAGGUCGCAAGUCGUCAUUGAUAGUCUCAUGGCAGAUAUGCUAGACCAGACUUAUACCAGAACAAAGAGCGCUGUAGUCCAGGCGCAUGAUGACAUUUUCCGAAGAGUGUCGAAGGGCUCAACUGUUGGUGCCCGUAGAAGAUUUGCUCUCGCAAUGAAGCAAUACACUGAUGGAGUAGUCCAUCAUGUGAAGCAAUUCUCUACAAAUAGCAUUCCUAGUAUCCAGGAGAUGCUUGAUACAAGGCGGCUUUCAUCGGGAGUGACGCCUCUAUACCAUCUGAUCGAGUAUGCCCAUGAUAUCGAGUUGCCAGAUGAGGUAUUCGAAAACCCCGUUAUCCAGAAGCUAGAACUUUUGGGUGCAGACUUUGUCUUGCUGUCGAAUGACAUUUUAUCUUACCGGAAGGAAGAAAACGACGACUGUCCGUUUAGCAUGGUCGCAGCCUGUCGAAUGACGGGCCAGUCUCCACAAGAGGCAUUCAAUACAGUCGGGAACCUUCUUGAGGAAAGAUACCAAGAUUGGCAGAGUGCAAUUGAGCAGCUGCCAAGUUGGGGACCCGAGAUUGACAUGAAUGUCGCUCGCUAUAUCCAAGGCAUUCAAAACGUGGUGCAAGCCAACAUCACGUGGAGCUUCCGAUCGGGGAGAUAUUUUGGGAAGCAAGCGCCCGAAAUCCGACGGACGAGAAUGAUUGAUGUCAUGGUCAAUCCGCCAUUUUUACAGGCAAGACAGCGUCGGUCUGGUGGGUCAAAACUGGUCAUUGGAUCGUUAUUCAGACGAUUAUUCGGGUCGUUUAUCAUUUGUUUCAUGUUUGCUUUUUAUUUUACCAUUUUGAAGGGUUGA